GUUGUUUUUUUUCCCUAGAACAGAGGAAAAGACGGCAGCAGUCACUCCAGCCUCUGGUCGCUCUCGGCCUCACCGGACACUGAGCUGAAAGUUAAGUUGUUUGCUAUUUGUUUGUCUGUUCCCAGAUAACAGGGAUUGUUGCCUUCAGGCCAAGAAAACUGCUGAUAAUCCCAGAGCUGGGUGCCUGGAUCCACCCUGUGCCUUUUUAUUUUUUCAUAUUUUCAGUUGUUUUUUCAGUUUCUCUCUCAAGCAACAGGUUGUUUUCAGUUUUCUUGCCCACGCUCCUGCUGGAGUCUAUUGUUUUUUAAUAGGUGUGUUAUUCCUGCACAGAGGAUGUCGUUAUCCGUGUGUUUUUUCCUGUAGCUCGUACUGCAGGUUGUGGCUCACACUGCAUGUGAGCGGUUUGACUCUGCCGUGACACAUAUUCCACUUUUUCUACUGAUUUUUUUUUGUCCUACUGACUGAGGAGGACAGUGGAUUGGUGGAUUUAUUUUUUCUCUACUGGAUGUGACACUUUGAGCCAUGCUGCUGCUGCUGCUGCUGCUGCUGCUCCGCCUGCAAACGUCACUGCAACAACCGACUCCUCCUCCUGGUCGAUGUGACAUCUCACAGAGGGUGGACGUGCACACCUCAUGCACUUCCUGUGCCGCCGUCACCACUGUUAGCUGCCCGCACGGCUUCGGCAGCGUGGGCACCAUAAACUGCAGUUACGUGGUGCAGAUCGGUGGCAGCAAUGUGCCGCUGGGCGGAUGUCAGCACAUCUGUGCGAAGGGUUUCAUGGAGCCACAUUGUUGCCCACAGCACUGGGGAACGCUGUGUCUCCCCUGUCCCAGCUGGUCAGGGAGGACCUGUAACUUCCAUGGAGCCUGUCAGGACGGAGACCUGGGCAACGGGACCUGCGUCUGUGAUGAGGGCUUCUCUGGGUUUGCCUGUCAGGAGUGUAAGAAUCCAAACGCUUUUGGAGAAAAGUGUGAUAAAGAGUGCGACUGUGUGCAUGGAGUGUGCAGUAAAGGUCCAGACGGUGACGGACAGUGUUUGUGUCAGCCGCCGUACACCGGGAAGAUCUGUGACCAAGUGAACUCCAGGUGCAGCAACUGCAACCCCUACUCGUUCUGUAGCGGAGAGGGAGACACCGCCAGCUGUGAAUGUUUGCCCGGAUACAGGAAGACAGCACUGGGCAAAUGCGGAAGUAUUUGUUCAACAAGAGACUGUGACGUCAACGCCGAGUGCUCCUCACAGGGGUCAAAGAUCAGCUGCGUCUGCAAGCCCGACUACCAGGGUGAUGGAAGGAUCUGUGUACCCAGAAACCUUUGCUCAGAGAACAAUGGAGGGUGUCCCAUGAACUCCACCGUGUGCGUCUUUAAAGGACCCAACAAGUCCAGCUGUGAGUGCAUGUUUGGCAUGUCCCCUGUAGGUGGCAGUCCUGAGUUCGGCUGUGAGCUGGUUUCUGCUUGUUCAGCAGACACGUGUGACCCCACAGCUGUUUGUCAGACUGAGCUGGAUGGACAACCCCGGUGCGUGUGUGAGGCAGGUCAGAUCGGUGAUGGUCGGCGUUGCUAUGGUAACCUGAUGGAGCGGGUCAUUGAGCUUGGCAGGAGCGGACACCAGAGAGAAAAUCUGACUGAGGCCGUCACCCUGUUCGAGAAAGGCUGUUUUCUGCUGCUGAGUCACAACGGCCCCUUCACAGCUUUCAUCCCCCUAAUGAAAACACCUCUGACUGGCGUUAAUGAGGAGGAGGUGUGUAAAAACCACCUGAUCCUGGGUCAGCACCUCUACAAGGAUCUGGAGGGACGGGACGUAAACCUGUAUGGAGGAGCCAAGUUCAGGAGCAAAGACAAAAAGAGGUUCAUCCUGAUGGAAAACCCCAGCAGACCAUACACCGUCCUCCAGGAAGACCUGCCAGCAGCCAAUGGGAUCAUCCACAUCAUUGACCGGCCAAUCACAGUCACUCUGUCUGAUCGGCACCCUCUUGACGAACAGUUUGCUGAUAAGACGAUCGGAGAGAUUCUGACUAAGGAUCCAAAAUACAACCGCUUCCUAUCUCUGGUUGAUAACUGCGGGUCGCCACCUCCUCUGCGGGGUCCUGGGCCCCUGACGGUGUUUGUUCCCACCAACCAGGCGGUGGAUCUAGCGCGAGACGGCAGCAUCCUGUACAUGCUGAACGAUGCCAAACAUAAACUUCAGGAACUCCUCAGACACCACGUUUUCUCCAAGGCUGUGCUGACAGUCGACGAGUUGUCCUCUCUUCCUAAGAUCCUGACGAUGGCCAAUCAGAUCGUCACCAUUUCUGUGUCCAAUGAUGGUGAGAUCCUGUUGGGGGAGAAGGGCGUCCGUCUGGUGACCACCAACAUUGUGGCGUCCAACGGGGUCAUCCAUAUGAUUGACGGGCUGCUGUACCCGCCCUCCAUCCUCCCCAUCCUGCCUCACCGCUGUGACAUCAUCGAUUACAAGAUCACCGUGGGGCCGUGUGUUCACUGCAGUUACCUCUAUGAGACAGAAUGUCCAGGUGGCAGCACUGAGAUGGACAAACAUCAGACCGGCUGUUUAUACCUCGCGUCUCCUGUGGCACACAAACAGAGUUCAGGCUGCGCUAAGUACUGCAACACCACCAAGCAGGUAGCGGAGUGUUGUAAAGGUUUCUAUGGUCCAGACUGUAAACCCUGUAUUGGAGGAUUCCAGAAUCCCUGCUAUGACAAAGGAGCGUGCAUUGACGGUAUCCAUGGCAACGGCUCAUGCAGCUGUCAGUCAAAUUUCAAGGGUGUCGCCUGCCACAUCUGCUCGGAUCCAUCCAAGCACGGAGAGAACUGCGAUGAAGAGUGUCGGUGUCUCCACGGCCUGUGUGAUAACCGUCCAGGCAGUGGUGGUGUUUGUCGAAGAGGAUCUUGUUAUGAUGGAUACUCUGGAGACAGCUGUGACAAGACGGCCACGCCCUGUAACUCCGACGGGCUGCAGGAGCACUGUCACAUCCACGCGUACUGUACACACACAGGACUGCAUACCAUGUGUGUGUGUAGGGAUGGAUACGAGGGUGACGGUCACUCCUGCUCUCACAUCAAUCUUUGCCUGAAGAGCAACCGAGGAGGCUGCGACACCAAUGCAGAAUGUGUGUACAUGGGUCCAGGUAACAUGUCGUGUGUGUGUGUCGAGGGCUGGACAGGUGACGGCAAAGUGUGUGUGGAGAUCAACAACUGUCAGUUGGCGAGUCAAAGCGGCUGCAGCCCCAACGCCAACUGUAACCACUUGGGACCCGGGCAGAGUGAGUGUGUGUGUAAAAAAGGUUACAUGGGCAACGGGAUUGUGUGUGACCUGAUCAACCCCUGUCGCCAAUACAACGGAGGCUGCCAUGACGUGGCAAAGUGUGAGCCGAAGAACGGCACUCGCACCUGUACCUGUCCUGAAGGCUUCGCUGGAGAUGGGACCAUCUGCUAUGGAUCAUUACUGGAGGAAAUGGACCUGAGCCCACAGAUGUUCAUGUUCCACAUGCGGUUUCAUUGGUGUCCUGCUGUCUCUCAGGAGCUAAGUGGUGGGAACCUGACAGUGUUGGUUCCGUCAGCAAAAGCAAUGAGUAACGUCACUUCAGGUGAAUCCUUGUUCUGGUUCAAUCGCCACCACCUGCCUCACUUCCUGCGGGCCCACAUCCUGCCAGGAAUCUACCUCAUGGAGGAUCUGGAGGGACUGGUGGGCAGCCGGUUGCCCACUUUAAACCCUCUCACCUCCUGGGAGAUCAGCAACAGCAGCGGCGUGAUUAAAAUUGGAAACGCCUCCAUCAUCACACGCAACCUACCGGCAACAAAUGGCUACAUUCACAUCAUAGACCAGGUACUGGCACCGCCACUUUCAGGACUCCCCCCCGAGCCUCCCCCGCUGAUGGGCUUCCUGAACUCCUCCUCCAACUUCACUCUCUUCAGACAGUACGCUCUGAUGUACAACUUAUCAGAGAGCUUACAUAAGGCAGAUAACACCAUCUUGAUGCCCACAGACGACGCCAUCAGGCAACACCUCAGCAAGACUAAUUCCUCCGUCCUGGAACCGGAUGUGUUCAAGUACCAUGUGAUUUACAACAGCCUGCUCUACCCUGACCAGCUGUCUGACGGCUUGCUGAAGAGCACGUUGUUGGGCCGCGACUACCAGGUCCAGUUCCACUUAAACGACAACAACCAGACAGUUGUGAACAACGUUCCUGUUGAAGGCACCUUUUUUGAGACGUACAACGCCGUCCUCAUCGUCCUCCCGCAGGUCCUCAAAGUCCGCCGCAACAGAUGCAGCAGAGAGGUCUACGUGCAAAGGGAUGGGAGGUGUACCGACUGCAAAGGAGAACCUCGAUGCUUGUUUGGCUUCAAACCAAUCAAAGAACAGUUUCCUGCAGACAUGCAGCCGAACUGUCAAUACAGGAAGCGUUUUAAUUCCCGGAGGAAGUGGACGCCAGGCUGUGUCAUCAAAUGUGUUCAUUCCACCUUGGAUCACACCUGUUGCCCCGGCUACUUUGGUCACGAGUGCUUCAAAUGCCCUGGGGAUGUCGGCAGCUGGUGCUCCAAUAAUGGGGAGUGUAAGGACGGUGUCCAUGGCAACGGGGAGUGCAGUUGCUACGAGGGUUUCCAUGGCACCGCAUGCGAGGACUGUGAACCAGGAAGAUUCGGAGUCAACUGCUCCUCCAAGUGUGUGUGUGACCAUGGGAAGUGUGAGGACAGUCUAGCAGGAAGCGGCAGAUGUUUGUGUUAUAAAGGUUGGAAAGGAUCGUCCUGCUCUGUAGAGAUCAAGGACGACGCCUGUGGAGGUGUGUGUGACGAGAACGCCAACUGCAUAACAGGGCCACAGGGAGUAGCUGCUGCUUGUCUGUGUGUGGCUGGAUACGAAGGCAACGGGACCUACUGCAAAGAGCUGGAUUUGUGCAGGAGGUCUAACGGUGGAUGCUCAGAGUUUGCAGUCUGUAUGAAAGUCUCCGCGGGAGUGAGGACCUGUACCUGCAAAGAGGGGUACACUGGAGACGGAGUCGUCUGCCUGGAGCUGGACGGCUGUCUGGUGAACAAUGGAGGCUGCCACAAGUCAGCAGACUGCAUCAGAGCAGGUCCCAACAUUACGGCCUGCAAAUGUCGACUGGGCUUUCAAGGAUCAGGCAGGUUUUGUUUUCCUGCCAACCCCUGUAGAACCAAUAAUGGUGGCUGCAGUAGAUAUGCUCGGUGUCUGUACAUGGGCGAUGGCCAGAGGAACUGCACCUGCACGAACAACCAUGUGGGCGACGGAAUUGAGUGUCGUGGAAUCACCUUCUUUGAGGUGUAUCGAUCGACUGAGAACCAGUACUUACAUCGAAUGCUGUCUUUAUCAAAAACUCGGAGUCUUAAUGAUGGCGGACCGGUCACUGUCUUUGUUCCUGUUAUGGAGAUCUACAAUGCUACUACUAUUGAAGAAUGGAGGUUACGUGGUCGUCUCCCUGACUUGACCCUUAACCACCUUGUCUCCUGUGAGAUUUUGACCUUGAGUGACCUCAAAACAACCGAGCGUGUCGUCUCAUUGUCGGGACACAUGCUACACUUCAGCGUGCAGCAGGGUUCAGUCUGGAUCAACAACAGAUCGAGGAUUGUGAAGAGUGAUUACACCACACCGGACGGAGUCAUUCACCACAUCGACGCGCUACUGACGCCUUACCAGCUGCAGGACAAACCACUUCUCCAGCCAGACAGGAUGAACUUCACCACAGCAGCUGCAUUUUAUGGCUACAGCCGCUUCUUCAAACUCGUGGAGGAUGCAGGGCUACUCCCUGUGGUGCAGAUGGCCGUCCACCAGCCGUUCACCAUGUUCUGGCCCACAGACGAGGCCCUCAACUCCCUGCCAGCCGAACAACAGCGUCUGCUCUCCAGUCCCGACCACCAAGAACUCCUGGCUGCUACUGUGAAGGCUCACAUUAUACGUAACGUAAAGUUGGUCUCUACCCCUCAGCUAACUAAAUAUCGCAAGGAGUACCGCACCAUGCACGGAUCCACCCUCAAAUUCAGCUGUGGCAAGAGCGUGGUGGGGACUAUAUUGAUUAAUGAAAAUCAAGCCAAGUUGUUGGAGUUCCACCUGAACUUCAAAGAGGGCGUGGCCUAUGGCAUUGACCAUUUACUGGAGCCACCCGGCCUGGGAGCGCACUGCGACAACCUUGAAAACAGAACUUCUUACGGGAGGUGUGAAAGCUGCCACUUCCCGCCACCCUGCCCCAUCAAUCACCAAGAUACGGGAAAUGUGGAGCCUUGUACGAUUCGCCACAGGGGGAGCUACAGACGUUUGCGUUUUUACGGGUCGAAUCCUUUCGGCCGAGUGGGCUGUAAGAGAGUCUGUCAGUCUCCUGUCUGGGUCCAGAAGUGCUGCAAAAACCACUACAGCCGAGACUGUCAGGUCUGUCCAGGUGGCUUGGAGGCCCCUUGUGGAAAAGGCGGGACCUGCGACGAUGGUUUGCGUGGUUCAGGAAUCUGCAGGUGCUUCACAGGCUUCAGAGGACAAGCCUGUGAACUGUGCCGCGACGGCUACUUCGGCCCCAACUGCACAGCCUGUCGCUGUGGACCGCAGGGAAGGUGUGAUCAGGGCCUUGAAGGUUCUGGACAGUGCACCUGCAAACCGGGCUGGAAGGGCGAGAGCUGUAAGACUGACAUUGGCUCGAUCCCAGAGGAGUGCCGGGAGUGUCAUGACCAGGCCGACUGUGUGCUCGGUGCUGGGUGUCGGUGUAAAGCCGGGUUUCGGGGAAACGGUACCUUCUGCGGUCCAGAGCCACCUCCAGACCUCUGCUCCGAGUACAACGGCGGCUGUCACCAGAACGCAGACUGCAACCAGACGGGACUGGUCGUCAACUGCACCUGUCAGAGUGAUUACCGAGGUGACGGUUACUCCUGCCAGCCCGUCAACAGGUGUGUUGAGGAGACAAACGGCGGCUGCAGCGACUUCGCCUCCUGCAAGUUCACUGGUCCGAACGAGCGGGACUGUGAGUGCCUGUCGGGGUAUGUGGGUAAUGGAGUCCAGUGUCUGGAGAAGCUGGUGCCCCCUGUUGACCGCUGCCUGGAACGUAACGGAGACUGCCACCCAGUGGCCUCCUGCGAGGACCUGCAUUAUCAUGCCAACACAGCUGGAGUGUACCACCUGCGCUCCCCAGAGGGGAAGUACAAGAUGAACUACAGCGAGGCCGACGCCGCCUGCCAGGCCGAGGGCGCCACUCUGGCCAACUUUACACAGCUGGGAGACGCACAGCAGCUGGGGAUGCAUCUGUGCGUGGCCGGCUGGAUUGAGGGGGGGAGAGUGGGCUACCCGACCCGCUUCCCUUCAGUCAAAUGUGGAGACAACCACGUGGGCCUGGUUAUGUACAAAGAACCCGUGGACCAGAGCAGCAAGUACGACACCUACUGCUACAGGCUCAGAGAUGUUUCGUGUACAUGUCCCCCUGGUUACAUCGGAGACGGAGACUUCUGUAACGGCGUCCUGACCAACGUUCUGGCAACAUACAGUAGCUUCUCCAUCUUCUACAAGUUACUGUUGGAUUAUAGCGACUCGACGUCAGACGGCAAACAGCUCGUUGAAUUUCUCUCUCACAGGAAGUCCGAGGUCACACUGUUUGUCCCUCAUAAUGACGGCUUCAGCCCGAACCAGACUCUGUCUGGUAGAGAUCUGGAGUAUCACAUCUCAGCCAAUCACAGCAGACGACUGUUCAAAGAUCUGAGACCUGAGGAAGUCAUCACAUCGAGGCUCGGGUUCAACCUGACCGUUACCCACGGCAACAACGAGACCUUGAAACUGGUGAACAAGCGGCUGCUGUUGUACUGGGACAUUCUUGCCGUAAACGGGAUCAUUCACAUCAUCGAGGCUCCACUGUCUGCCCCCCCGCCUGCGAUCUCCUACGACGCCUCCAAAGGCCACGGCCACUCCAGCGGCACAGUGUCAGCCAUCUUGGUUUCGAUGCUAUUGGCAUGUGUGUUGGCUGCGCUCGGCUACUACGUCUUCAAACACAAGACCGAUGCCUUCCGCUUCCAGUACUUCAGGAAUGAGGAUGAGGACGGUGCAGCAGGCGGCAGUAACAAACCAGCGCUGGUUUCGAUCCCCAACCCUCUGUACAGCGGCUCCAGGGCCUUCACCGAGCCGUUUGGGGAACCCAAUCCGGGAGUGGAACCAGCAGAACCUCCAAAGAUUCUGGACCUGGACUAGUGAAACCAGUUGAAACAGAACAACUGGAGCUGUGUACAAACCACAAUAACCUACUGACUUCAUCGUGGUUCAGCUUUGGACAGUUCAUCUACAGCCAAUUAAGAAUGAAAGAGAAAAAGUAUUUUUAUAUUUUAAAUGAUUGUGUUUCUGGGAGCGGUGAAGCAGCUCUGUGACUCUUCAGCUCCUAGUUUUGCUUUUUCUUGGCACGUGUGUUGUUUGGUUCAGUCUCAGCAGAGACAAAUGCGAUGUAAAAAUAAAACCUACAAAACAGUUUGUUUAUCAACAGGAUCACGUAAAAACUACUGAGCAGAUUUCCAUGAAACUUGUUGGAAGGAUGUUUGUGUCCCGACUAACAUGGUGAGUUAGAGGCUUUAAUUCAUGGAUCCUGAUGGAAACAAAUAUCAGGCACAUAGAAUGGACUGAUAUGUAUGAGUGUGCUUGUCCUGCUGCUGUGUGUCUACUGGAUAUUGGAAUAGUGAAAGAUAUAUAAAGAGUUUUUUGAUCACUGGAAUAAAACUAUAAAACAAA